AUGACACUUGCAUUGGGAGGAUGGCCGAGUGACAAAACGCACCAAGACGAACUUGUGAGACCGUAUUUGGGACUGCGAGGUGAAAUCACCGUGGUUGACGGAUUGUUGUUGAAAGGUGAUAGACAUGUUAUAACGCCUAUUCUAAGGACACAGAUCCUAGAGAAAUUGCACGAGGGCCACUUAGGAAUCGCGAAGUGUCGAGAACGCGCGAAAUCGUCAGUCUGGUGGCAUAGUCUUAGCAGCCAAAUCGAGGACGUGGUAAAUUCUUGCCAUAUCUGUGCCGAGGCAAGGAAUGACUCUGCCGAACCGUUAAUACCAACUCCGCUACCGACACGUCCAUGGCAACGCGCGAGUACAGAUCUCUUCCAUUUCAAAGGGAAAACAUACCUUUUUGUUGUUGACUAUUUCUCACGUUUUGUGGAAAUCGCCAAGUUGUCGUCAACGUCAUCGGAGGAUGUGAUCGUACAUCUCAAAUCCAUAUUUAGCCGUCACGGGAUACCAGAUGUGCUUAUUUCUGAUAACGACCACAGUAGUUUGAAGUCUGAAGUGUUUGUGCGCUUCGCAAAGGAAUUUUAA